CAGCAUCUGAGUCUGAGUAUCUCUCACUCAGUUCGUGCCGAGCAUGGCAAUGGGCAAUUGACGCUUCACUUUCUCGGUGGUUAAGAGAAGCGUGAUUGUUUAUUUUGUUUUGUUUUGUUUUUUUAAAUUUCAUUAUCAAUAAUAAACCAGUUGUUAAUAAAUAAGUUCUGUUAAUUAAACAAGUGAGUACUAUAUAAAUAAAUAUAUAUUUAUAAACAACAAAACUCGCCGGAGUAAUGCAACGAAUUUAUUAUUGUUGUUAUCCAAUGACAGUGUUGUUCACUAUUUAUAUUAACGUGACAUUUAUAAGUAAUAUAUGAUUUUAUCAAAGAAGAAUAUUAUUUAUAAAAUAACUUAUCACUAAAGGAUAAUAAUUAACAAGAAAAAGUAAAUGCCUGUCAUAGAAAUGUAUGUGAAAAACGCAAAUGCCUUACGGGUUUAGAAUGGCUCUGGGGAAAUUCUGGGGCGCCCUCGCUGCCUACAUCAUCUUGUGCACUUUCGCUGUAUCUUCAACUUUUGGGUCUCCACUGCUGCUAUUCGCCACGCGGAAAGACAUACGAGUUGCAAAUGUAUCGCGUAGCAAUAAAGUCGGGCUAAUAGUGAAAGACCUGACACAGGGAGCAGCGCUUGAUUUCUUUUGGGAGAGACGUCUCGUCUGCUGGUCUGACAGUGAGUUGGAGAUAAUCCAGUGCGUGAAAACAAAUGGCAGCACUCCUGGUGAAAGGUUCACUGUAAUAAACUCAAAAUUAUUGAAGCCAGAUGGUUUGGCAUGUGACUGGUACACCGGGAAACUUUAUUGGACCGACCUCCUGAAGAAAACAAUCGAGGUUACGAACAUCGAUGGCGAGCCGCAGCGCAAAGUUUUAUUUUGGACUGAAAUAUUUGAACCGCGGGCCAUUAUAUUGGUGCCGAUGAGAAGUCUUAUGUUCUGGACAGACUGGGGAGAUUCACCAAAGAUUGAGAAGGCAGCCAUGGACGGUGACCCUGACUCCCGAGAGACUAUUGUCCAUGAUGACAUUUUUUGGCCGAAUGCACUGACUGCUGACUACGAGAACGAGUUACUUUAUUGGGCUGACGGCAGAUUAAAAUUCAUUGCCGUGGUCGAUUACUCGGGGAAAAAUAGAAGAACGAUAAUAAAAGAGGGCGUUGAUUAUCCUUACGCCAUUACGUUUUUUGAUCAGAAAUUGUAUUGGACAGACUGGUCCACCUGGUGCAUUCAUUCACACGAUCUUCGAUCAACCGGCAGCCAGUCACAUCCCCGUGAAUUACUUCAUGGCGAAUAUAUACCAGGAGACAUCGAAGUCUGGGAUCCCAAAAGACAACCUUACGCUGAUAAUCCUUGCAGACACAACAAUGGAAAUUGUUCCCACUUGUGUUUAUUAAGUCUAAGAGCUCCUGGUUACACUUGCGCCUGUCCUACGGGAAUAAAGUUAAUAAAUAAUUUAACUUGCGCCGAUCGUCCGGAAAAUUUACUGCUGAUUGUUCAGAAAAAAGAAAUGUCCCGAUUAUCUUUGGACUCGCCAGAUUAUACUGAUGUUGUUUUGCCACUUACUGGUAUAAAAUGGGCCAUUGCAGUUGACUUUGAUCCAGUUGAUGAAAUGUUUUACUGGACAGAUCAAGGCGCCCAUGCAAUAAGAAGGGCGUAUUUAAAUGGCACCGGACAAGAAGAUUUGAUUACUAAGGAAAUAAUAAAUCCCGAAGGUAUCGCCAUUGAUUGGAUCGCCAGAAAUAUGUAUUGGACAGACUCAGAUAAAGACAGAAUUCAAGUGGCGAGAUUGAAUGGCACCAAUAGGAAAGUAUUAAUAAAUGAGGAUUUAAUGAAUCCGAGAGCAAUUGCCGUUGCACCACAACUCGGCUGGAUGUUCUGGACAGACUGGAGUGUAAAGAAACCUAAAAUCGAACGAAGCAAUCUAGAUGGUAGUGAAAGAAUGCUGAUUAUUACCAAAGGAAUUUCUUGGCCGAAUGGAAUAGCUUUGGAUCUUGACAGAAGAAAAGUUUAUUGGUGCGACGCUAAGACAGACAAAAUCGAAGUGUGCAAUAUGGAUGGAACAGAUAGAAGGGAAAUAAUUACUGAUGAUCUUCCUCAUCUUUUUGGCUUAAGUAUUUUGGGAGAUUAUUUGUACUGGACAGACUGGCAGAAACGAAGCGUUGAACGCGCGCACAAGAUCACUGGAGCUAACAGAGAAAUUAUAAUGGAGCCGAUUCCAGAUAUUAUGGGUGUCAAAGCACUCAAGUUGGGAAAAACUCAAGGGACAAAUCCUUGCGGUAACAACAAUGGCGGCUGCAGUCAUCUUUGUUUAAAUAAACCGGGAAAUAAUUAUAUCUGCGCGUGUCAAAUUGGCUAUGAAUUAAAAAAAGACAAGAAAACUUGUGUGAUUCCUGAUGCUUUUCUUUUAUUCUCUCGUAAAGAUAAUAUUGGAAGAAUAAGUAUUGAGAAUGCAAACAACGAUAAUAUUAUUCCUGUAACGGGCGUUAAAGAUGCUAGUGCUUUAGAUUUUGACAUAUCACAGAAUCGAAUUUAUUGGGCAGAUGUUAAGUUAAAAACCAUAUCACGUGCCUUUAUAAACGGCUCUGAAGCUGAAAAAGUUGUAGACCUAGGCCUUGAGUCACCGGAAGGUCUGGCAUUUGAUUGGAUAGCUCGUAAUCUUUACUGGAGUGAUACCAGUACUCAGAGAAUUGAACUAGUGCGAUUAGAAGACAAUAGCAGGAAGGUAUUGAUAUGGCAAGAUCUGAUAGAGCCGCGUUGCUUGGCUCUGGAUCCACGGCACGGUCACAUGUACUGGAGUGAGUGGGGAAAAUCGGGGAGCAUUGAAAGAGCAAAUUUAGAUGGCUCUGAACGUCAAGUCGUUUUAUCGAGUAUCGGACGGACUCACGGACUGACAAUCGAUCACGAAUUAAGACGACUCUAUUGGGCGGAUCUCCUGACGCCUGCUAUCGUAAGCUACGAUCUUAAGACGUCAAAUCGUAAAUCAGUAAUUACACGAAACAUCGUCUAUCCAUUCAGUCUUACUCAGCAUCUGGACUAUAUUUACUGGACAGACUGGAAUACUGGUAACGUUGAACGAGCAAAUAAAACAACUGGCGCCAAUCGUACUAAGAUUCACGAUAAACUCGAGUCAGUUACCAGUAUUCUUGUUUUUCAUGAAUCAAGACAAGCUGGCUCCAAUGGUUGCAAGAUAAAUAACGGAGGUUGUAGUCAUAUUUGUAUUGCGUUAUCUGAUACCGAUGGUAAUUUUUCACAUUCUCACAAGUGCACGUGUCCGACACAUUUUAAUUUAGGAUCUGACAAUAAGACUUGUAUUGCGCCGAGAAAUUUUAUGAUUUACAGCACGAGAAAUCUUAUGGGAAGAUAUUUACCAGACGCUGAUGAUUGUCCGGAUGUUGUUAUGAAAAUUCAAGGUCUUAGAAAUAUCAAGUCAAUUGAUUUAGAUCCAAUCACCCAGCAUAUUUAUUGGAUCGAUGGUCGGUCUAUGUCAAUACGUAAAACUCUGGAAAAUAGAACGCAUGCAUCAGUGAUUAUUUCCGGAGGAAAUGGAUUUCAUCCUUUUGAUCUGGCGCUUGAUCCCCUCGGGCGGCUGCUUUUUUGGUCCUGCACAACAAAUGACGCGAUAAAUGUUACGCGACUUGACAAUGGAUCGGCUUUGGGUGUUGUUGUGAAAGGAGAGGGUGAAAAACCGAGAAAUAUUGCAGUACAUCCUGAAAAACGUCUGCUUUUUUGGACAGACGUCGGAGAAAAAAUGAAAGUUAUUCAAAGUGCGAUGGAUGGUAAAGAUCGUAUUACAAUUGCUACGGAUUUAAAUCAGCCGACAAGUUUAGCCAUUGAUACGAUAUCGGAUCUUAUUUUUUGGGCGCACGGACAUCAAAUAGAAGUUGCCGAGCUCGGCGGCAACGGGCGUCGGGUUUUGAUAUCUAUUGAUGAACUAGGAGCAAUAGCGUAUCUCGCUGUCUUCAAUGAAUACAUCUACUGGUUCAAUCGCGAAUCACAGAUAGUGGAACGUGUAAACGUUACGUCGGGACUAGAAAGGCAAUCGGUGCUCAAUCGUUUAGUCACUGACUUUAUAACAGUAAGAACUCCGGAGGAUCUAGUUAUGGAAUCUCAUGUUUGCAGUCCAUUUCAAGAUUACGGAGGCUGCUCUCACUUUUGUAUAGGAACAGAAUCACCAGCAAAAUGUUCCUGUCCUCAGUACCUUGUUCUCUCUGAAGACAGAAGAGUUUGCAGUGCUGUGUCAGCUUGUCGAGCUGAUCAUUUCACUUGCGCUGAUUCUGGCUCGUCAAUCGCAAAUGAUUGCAUUCCCGUAUCCUGGAAAUGCGACGGACAAACAGAUUGUGCUGAUGGAAGUGAUGAAUUAGGAUGCCCUAGUUGCGCCCGUGAUCAAUUUAGAUGUCAAAGUGGACAGUGUAUUGAUAAUUCCUGGGUCUGUGACGGUAUCGUUCAGUGUCAAGACGGCGGUGAUGAAGCUCACUGCUGUCAACCGGGUCAAUUUCGUUGUACACUGACCUCAGUUUGUAUUGCCGGUAAUACAUUGUGUGAUGGAUGGGAUAAUUGUGCCGACGGUAGCGAUGAAUCACCAGCUGUUUGUUCACCACCAAACAGACGUGACAUGGUCGGCUCUGCUGGAAUAGAAUCCGGUAAAAGCGCUUACAUAAUAGCUAUUCUUGUUGUUGUUGGUGUUGUCACAACUGCUGUACUAGGGUUUUAUUAUUGUCGUAAAAAAUUGGCUGGUAGUGAAGAACUACCGGAUAUUCUACAUGAUUCUGCAGGCGAUCCAUUAUCACCAAAGCCCGGCAGAUCCGGUAAACCAACGCUGGUUCAAAAGAAUGGAUCAAAAGAUCACAAAAACGGUUUGAAAACUGUCAGAAUGUCGACUCUGACGGGGAGUAUUGGCUCGGGCUACGAUCGAAGUCACAUAACAGGUGCAUCGAGUUCAACUAGAGGAAGUUCUGGUGGAGUUUAUCCACAAGAGACUUUAAAUCCUCCACCAAGUCCUGCUACAACAGCCAAUUCCACAAGAUGUUCAAGCAGCAAUGCAUCACGAUAUCGUCCUUACAGACAUUAUCGGAGUAUAAAUCAACCACCACCACCGACACCCUGCAGCACAGAUGUUUGUGAUGAAUCUGAUUGCAAUUAUCCAACGCGAUAUAGGUAUGAAAGUGAACCAUUUCCGCCACCACCCACACCUAGAUCUGUGUAUCACAGUGACGCCGGUAUCAGCUGUCCUCCGUCGCCUAGCUCAAGAUCCUCGACUUACUUCAGUCCUCUACCACCUCCUCCCUCACCUGUACCAUAAAUGAUCAAACAAUUCGGUGCUUCCAUUCGUAGUACUCUAGGCUAAUAUUUAAGACAACUAAAAAUUACGAGCUUCAUAUCAAUUCAAAGUAUAUUAGAUGUGAUAGUUUACAUCACUUGGUUAUUUAUUAAUUUUUAAAGUUACUUUUUUUUUUCAACUUUAAUAUUUGAGGGAAGAAAAAUGAUGUUUUAGUAUUUAGAUUUCAAUGACGACGGUGCUAGAUAUUUUUUAAAAAUGCGCGAGGGCAUUGAUCACAGCCACGUAAUGAAGUGCAAAUAUUUGUUUUAUAGUUUUUUUUUUAUUUUUUUUUACACAUGUACAAAGUUAAUGCCUCUGUGCCUGAAAAAAAAAAAUUCGCGACCAAAACUUUGCAAAUAAAAAGCAAAUUUGUCCAUGGUACUGUAAAUAUAGACGCAUAUGUAUAUAUAUUAUAUAUAUAUAAUUACUAAUUGCUAAGUAAAAAUAAUUAGAACUUUUUUUUUGUAAGGAUAUUAAUAAAUGAAUACCAUUGUAUAGAAUGGAGUAUUUGACGUUUAUAAAUUAAAAAAAAAAAAAACGAAAUCGUGUUCUUAUAACGCGAGUUUUUUUGUUUACUAUAAAAGCCAUUAAUUAUUUUUUUUAAAAUCUAUACUCCGUUAAUUGUGAUACAAAGUAUGUCGUUUUAAUUUUUUUAAUAAUUAUAAGAGAGAAUUUAGAUUUUAUCUUUUUUAUUUUACCUGACGUGGCAUCUGACCAAAGGCUGCUUCGAGUAAAUAUUAAUUUUAUUAUUAUAAUUAUUAACAAAUACAAAGAUAAUUAUUUGAUUUAAUUAUUUAUAAGAAUAUAUAAUAUAAUUUUAAAAUUACUAUUAACAAAAGAAAAUUUUUUUUCUUGCUGUACAACGAAGUACAUGAAGGUACAAACGCACAUGAAAGUUUUCCAUUUAAAAAAUAUAAUUCCUGAUAUUUAUUGUUACUUUAUGUACAGUAUAUAAAAUCCUGUUUUUUAAUUAUAUAUUGUUUCACUUACGAUUGUGUGCCAUAAUCGUUGAUAAUAAAACCAUGUAUUAUAUUAAUUUAUCAUAUUUUUUUUAAAAUCCCAUAAUUAUAUUUUACAAUACAGUAGAUUUCAUUUUUCAUUUUAUAUUAUUGUAUAUUAAAGUUUAUUGUAAAAUAUAAUAAUGCGAUUUUUAAAUAUUAUUUAUAAUAAUUAGGGGUGUGCAAAUCAUGUUCAAAUUUAACGUAAUUAUUUUAAUCUAAUAAUUAUAGUUUCCGAAUUAUCUGAAAAUUUUUUUAAGGAAAAAAUUCUAAUCAGAUUUUAAAUAUUCAAUUUUUUAUUCAAGGGAGAGAUUAAUUUUUUUAGUAACCAACAGUAAUUAUUUCAUACCCAAGUAGCACAGAACAACUUUAAGAUGUCUUGAGAGGAUGUGCCAUCUAUUCUCUUUUUCACACACAUGUGAACGAACGGAACUGUCCUUGUUGUACUUACAUUAGCAAAUAGAAAUUUCAAAUGAGCCGUUCUCAGAUAUAAACUGCAAUUUCCGAACGAGAAACAUUUCAUUCGAUGAAUAAUAAGUUUACGCAUCGAAUGACAUAUUUCGUUUAAUAAUUUGGGUCUUAACUGUAAAAGCGGUUCAUUUGAAAAUCACCUGGUACACUCUCUGAAAGAUGUCUUUUAAAAGGACAAGACAAAGUUUUUUUUGUUCCAAAGUCAUCUUUUUUGGUAUAAAUACGACAUGCAAAUGUUGGUUCUGAAGACAGAGAAGAAUUGUGUCGUUUUUCCUGUCUCAUUUCAAUUAAAAAGUCAUUUAGAUUACUUAUUUUACCACUAUUCGUAAUUUACUUUUCGUCGUCACUUGUGUUAAGUCAUUUAAGCAGACAUAUUUUCGAUGAUAUAAUUAUCUGAUCGUUUUAUCAACAUAUUGCUGCCUUUUCGAUAAGUCAAAAAGCAGCCUAAAAACUGACAUCUUAUAGAUGUCACAAAGGCAAGUGUGCUCCUUGGGUAGUUUCGUGUCAGCUCUUUUUAUCCCUGCAAAAAUUUGAAUUAUCGGAAAAAAUAUUAAAAUUUAAAGUCCUUCUAAAGAAAAUUUAUGAUACUGAAGUUAGCAGACGAAUCAUUUUUGGAUUUUUUUUUAGACGAUAAACUAUAAAAAACAAAUAUUUGAAAAAACUGCACCUUUAGUUUUUUAAAUUUUCUGCAUGUGCAUAUUUUUAGUUUUGUUUUUAGCAAUUGAUUUUUUGAAAAAAAAAAUCCGAAAAUUACUAAUUGUCUGCUAACUUCAGGAUCAUGAAAAUUUACAAAUCAUUUUGAAAAUUUGAAUUAUUCGAUUUGAUUCGAUACAAAUAAUUCAUAAGUUCGAACUGUUCGCACAUCCCUAAUAAUAAAUUUUAUAGUUAAGACUAAAAUAUAAAACGUUUUAACAUUUGGCACUGCCAAGUAAUUAUAGAUCGCCUUUAAGUAGUAAUAAACUCGAUCAAAUCACUGAUUGCAUUGAGCAUCCAAGACUGAAUGAAUAAAAAAAAAAUUAAUUAAUUAAUUAAUUACUAGCAUUUUUCACUUUUUAUCAUAAACAUAGGUGACAAUAUUUCGUAUUAUCCUGUGUAAUGUAACAUAUUUGUACAAAAAUAACAU